UAUAUUUAUAUACCCUAUAUACUUUUGAACAGCAGUAACAUAAAAUUCUCAGUUGUAAUAAUUAUACAUUAGCCCAGGAUCCAAGCCGUGGCAUUUGGCUUUCCUUUGGUUUGUCUUUAUCUCUUACCAUCAAUUAGUUAGCCUGUGUUGUUUCUUCUCUGUUUUCACUUCCUAUAUUCAUUGCACACAAUUCUAGUAAGUUAAGCAUUGAAGCAAAACUCCUAUAGAUAAUGGCUGUGUGGGAAAAACAGGCUAAAAAUAAAGAACCCUCGUUUUCUUCAUCGCUCCUCGACUCCAUUUACCGCUCCAUAGACGAAAACGGAGCCCCGAACGAGCAAAAAAUGGAAGACAAUUUUCUUCUCCACAGAAGAAACAAUGCUGCCGCAAAAGUCGAAGAAGAAAUCGAAAGUCUGCGAAAAGCGAUCAUGAUCGAGAAGUGGAUGGAAAACUACAAGCCCAUUAAUACUACUACUACUACUACUACGAUGCACUUCCCUUCAAACUCGGGCUCGUCGACGGAUUCGAGCAUUUUUUCUUCUUCGGAAACAGAGUCCUCUGUUUCAAGAUCGUACAAGAUUCCGCAGCUCGAGAAUAAACCCGCGACGAAAAAAUCGAGGGCGCAGAAGAUUUACGGAGACUUGAAGAAGGUGAGAGAGCCCGUUUCACCGGGUGGCAGGAUCGCAAGUUUCUUGAACUCGAUAUUCAGUCCGAGAAAGACUAAUGAAUUGUGCUCAAUGAGAAAGUCGAAGUCAAUGAAAGACACAACUACUACUACUACUACUGGAACAACGACGACUGCGUCAACGAAGACAUGCUCGUUGGAAUCGAGAUCUUGCUUGAGCAAAAACCGUUCGUCGGGAGAUUGUAAGUCAAAGAGGUCCGUUAGAUUCUGCAUUGUCGAUGGAGAUUGCCAGCCGUGUGGGAACAAGAGCGGAUUAUUUUACGACGAAAAGGAAGAUUUGGUUAAUACAACGGUGGCUAAUAUCGGGAGCUACUUCAUCAAGAAAAACACGAAGAAUGCGAGGAAGAAUCAAGAAGUUAGAGAUUUGGAUGAAUUGAGCUGCGGAAGCUCGGAUCUUUUCGAGCUUGAGAAUAUCGGUAGGUAUGAAGAAGAACUGCCUGUGUAUGAAACCACAAAUCUUGAAUUAUGCUAAUUAUUUAUUGUUAUUAUUCUUAUUUAUAUAUAUUUUUUUUUUUGGUGAUUAUUCGUGUAGUAGUUACUAAUAAGGAUCUUUUGUUUGUCUUGAGUUUUUAGCAUAUAGUAUUUACUAUUUGGCUGGUUUUACAUCUGCAAUUCUAUUUCAUUGACACUUGUGUUUGUGUUAUUAUUAUUUACCUAUGAAUAAUUCAAAAUUAAGAUGAAUUCUUGUUUCUAGAGAGAGAGAGAGAGUAAAUUCAUAAGUGAAAUGAUGAAGAGGGUUGGUUUUGUGUAACUUUGAAUUGAAGGAAAUAUGAUGUGAUAUUGCUGUUUUAUG